GCUCACUGUGCUAAUGUGUUGGACAUGGAUAGUUUUUGGGAGAGCAAUAAAAAAAUGACCCUAGCCAUGGAUUAGUCUAGGUUUUCUAUGGCUACAGCCAUAGACAUUAGCCUAAAUCUUAGUGCUAUGGCUCCCAAGCUGGCGUUUGAGGCCCGUCUCGACACUGGCCCUCUGAUCGCCAGCUGCAGCGAACAGAACACGACGAGGCUCGCAUCUUUCAUCCAGCUGACGCAGCAAUUGCUGGGACGUUCGAAUGCCACCUCGGACGUUACCACUGCGAACAAGCUCCUCGACAAUGCCUUUACUCUCGCUGACGGACUACAGAGCAUCGCUGUUUUUCCUACGCUCGCAGCGCAGCCUCUGGCGGAUACGCUCCCUCAGAUGCAAGGAUUGUUGACCCAGGCCCGGGAUGCUGUUAAAAAUGUCACAGCGUCAGAUUUUAAUGAUUCCUUGACGCUUAGCUUGCUGAAAUGUUCCUCCACGGUGCAUGCUGAUUUGCUUGUGCAGGCACAAGGCUUCCUGGGCAAAGCGGUCGCUCAAUCCCAAUCACGCAACUGCACCAACCUGCCUGUCAACGCAACUCCGAACCCGAUCCGUUCGGUCGCCCCCACCUUUACUGUGACCGUGAAAGCGGCGACGACGGUCGGAGCCCAAUCAGCGUCGGCUACAAGUGUUGUCCCCGUCCCAACAGUAGCGGGACUUUACGGGCAGGGACCCUCGGAAAAGGACAAUGCAGCUGGAUCAGCUCCGAACGGAAACGCGGCGGCCGCCGUAGUCAUGCCCGACGCAAAAGCGGGAAGUGCUUCGCGCCUCAACGCGCUAUCGCCUAUGUGCCUCUUGAUUCUGCUGUUCACUGUUCUUCUG